GAGCAACGGCACAUACACAAAGCAACAUGCUAGUGCAAGCUUAUAACCUAAUGGCUCAUGCCUUCCUUCUCUUCCUCUUAUUCCCUUACAUUAUAUCCACAAAUAUUCAUGCCUGCAAACAAAAUGAACGCAGCUCCCUCCUGUCCUUUGCCUCCACUCUAUCUCCUUUAAAUUGGACAUCCAUUGAUUAUGAUUGCUGUCGUUGGAACGGCAUCACUUGUGAUCAAGAUGGUUGGGUCACCCAUUUGCUCUUGCCUUCCAAAGGGCUCAAAGGAGGUAUCUCUCCCUCUUCACUUGCAAAUCUCACGCGUCUCAUCCACUUGAACCUUUCCCACAAUUCACUAUAUGGUUCACUUGAAACUCAGUUCUUUUUGUCUUUGAAUCGACUUGAUAUCCUUGAUUUGAGCUAUAACUGUCUUUCUGGAGAGCUACCAAUUUCUCCACUAUCUAGCAAUAUCCGGUCAAUUGAUUUGUCCAGCAAUCACUUCUUUGGUGCAAUUCCAUCUUCAUUCUUCCAACAAGCAAGCAACUUAACUAGUUUCAAUGUCAGCAACAAUAGCUUCACAGGGUAUGUCCCAUCCUCUAUUUGUCUCCAACAUUCUUCUCCCUUCCUUAGGCUAUUGGAUUUUUCUUCCAAUUUAUUUAAUGGCGACCUUGCUCCUGGAUUAGGAAAGUGUUCUGAACUGCAGGUUUUUCGUGCCAAUCACAAUAACCUCUCAGGAUUACUUCCAGAAGAUAUCUAUAAUGCUACCAAACUGGAAGAAAUUGCAUUACCUCUCAAUUCACUACAUGGAGCCAUUAGUGGUAAAAUUGUCAACCUCACCAACCUUGCCAUCCUUGACCUUUCCUCUAAUCAUUUUGGAGGCGAGCUUCCUCUCAAUUUGGGGAAGCUCUCCAAGUUGAAGUUUGUGACCUUAGAUUUCAACAAUUUAGAAGGUGUGUUGCCCUCAUCUUUGAUGAAUUGCACAAACCUUGUAGAACUGCGUUUGGGAAACAACCACUUGGAAGGAGAUAUCUCUGUGCUUGAUUUCUCAAGACUGAGUCAACUUACUAAACUUGACCUAAGGAUCAAUAACUUCACUGGUACGGUUCCAGUAAGCCUUUACUCAUGUAGGUUCCUAAAAGCCAUUCGGUUGACUGGAAAUAAUCUAGAGGGACAAAUACAAGAUGAGAUACUUUCAUUGAAAUCCUUGUCCUUCCUCUCGCUUGGUUACAACCGAUUCACCAACCUCACAGGGGCAAUGAAGAUAUUGAUGAGUUGCAAAAGUCUUCACGCACUCUUGCUUAGCGGUUCCUUUGUGGGUGAGGGAAUGCCAUCUGAUGAUGACAUGGUUGAUUAUGUUGGAUUCCAAAAUCUUCGGCUCUUGGGUUUGGUUCGUUCUAACCUCACUGGUCAAAUACCUUUUUGGUUAUCAAAGCUCAAGAAUUUAGAGAUCUUGGCUCUGGGUUUCAAUCAAAUCACAGGGCCGAUUCCAAGUUGGUUGGGGACUCUUCCUAGACUGUUUUAUAUAAGCUUGUCACACAACCAAAUUUCAGGUAAAUUUCCACAGCAACUUUGUCGACUACCAAGGUUGCUUCAUGAACCAAUUGCAUCUCAAGGAGACAAUUAUGAAUUUGAAUUUCCUGUCUACAGCAGCAGCAUCAGCAUAACCGCAAAUCAAACUUUUCUAUCGCAAAAAUUGUGUUUUUUUCCAGCAACGAUAGACUUGUCUACGAAUAACAUUGUUGGUGAUAUACCCACUGAGAUAAGCCAAUUGCAUCUUCUCUACACGUUGAGUCUUGACUCCAACAACUUCUCCGGUGUCAUUCCAGACCAAAUAUCUAACCUAAAAAAUUUAGAGGUUUUGAACCUCUCCAUGAAUCACUUGUCUGGAAUAAUCCCAGCAUCAUUGGCGAGUCUUAAUUUCUUAAAAGAAUUUAAUGUCUCAUAUAAUAACCUCGAAGGAUCGAUACCAAUAGGCACCCAGCUCCAAAGCUUCGAAGUUUCUGCGUUUGAGGGGAACCCAAAACUUUGUGGUGCGCCACUUCCAAAGUGCUCACCAAAUAAGGGCAUUGAUGCAGAUAACAAGAACAACAAAGAUGUGUACAAAUGGCUUCAUCAACUUCCAUGGUUUUAUAUCUUUGCAGCAUUGGGGUUUAUAGUGGGAUUUUGGGGAGUUUGUGGUUGUUUAAUUAUUCACAAGACAUGGAGAUAUGCAUAUUUUCGAUUCAUAAACAAAGUACAAGAUAGGCUCCUCUAUGUGAUGAUAACAGUCCCCCUCAACAAGAUGGACAGAAGACUUCGAGGCUAGAUAUAUAUUAUUAAUAUUGUACUUUUUAUUUUGCAUUUUCAGUUUGCUUUUCCUUUUUUUUUUUUUUUUUUUCCUUUUCUUCUUCUUCAUUUCUAGUCAUGACAGAUUCACCUGACAAAUUUUUCACAUAAAAAGACUGCAUUGUCGUCGGAUGGACCUCUUCCAUGAAGUGAUAGGACCUAUCCAUCCUUUCUAUUUCCCGUAAAGCUAGGAUACGGUUAUCCUUUUGGCAUCAUUCAGAAUCAUUUAUAAGUACUAAUAGCUGGUACAGAGAGGGGUCAUGAAUGCCUUUCCUUUAAUUUGCUUCCGAAUCUGCCAACCUAUCAAGAGGCCCUGAAAGAAAACAAAUGCAAUUAACUACCCAUAAUUUAAAAUCC